AGACCCAGGCUCGUGUGGGUGGGUGGUGGGGCAGUCUGGGACCAAAUCCCACCCUCCACCCCCUCCGUAUAAAAUACAGGCGCUCUGCUCGCGCUGGGCUUGCGGAGACACAAAACCGACUUCGGCGAUGUGCUCUUGAACUCGGCUCAUCUCGGCUGCUCCGACUUAGUUCUGAGCUUAGUUGUGUGGGUUUUUUUCCUACCGGAUGUUACUCAUCAUAGGCCGAGUUUAUGGUUCAUACUCAACGAGUGAAUGAAGUUGAAACGCACACCGAGUUAAAUUUACAUUCAUAAAUUGAGGUCCGUUCAUAUACAAAUAUAGACUACAUGGUUUUUUUUUGCUGUACGUAGAAUUGACAAAAAAACGAUAGCAUCUUCAUAGUAAUUAUUAGCGUCGCUGAAUUUCGGGAUACAGGUUAAAUUAACAGCAUAGCCUGGCGAAAGUGACCCGCGCAAGAUGUUGCGGUGCGUGGUGCAGUCGGCCAGAGAUCUGCCAAAUGUGGAGAAGUUCGGGAAGAAGAGUGACCCCUACACCAGGCUGACUUACAAAGGUGAACAGAAAAAGACGAAAACCAUCGAAAACGAGUUGAAUCCAGAAUGGAACGAGGCUCUGGAGUUCGACUUGAAGGGGUUUCCUCUGGAAGCUUCCUCGGUGCUCGUGGUGGAGGUGAAAGACUACGAGAAGAUCGGGAAAAGCCGUUUGCUGGGAUCGGCACAGAUCCAGCUGCACGAGCUGCUGACGAAACCGGGAAACACCAACAGUUACGUCUUGACCCUUAUGAGCGAAAAGCACCAGUCCACGGGGGCCACGCUCUCCCUGCAAGUGGGCUACGUCCCUCCACCGGGGACCGGUCCCCCGCCCAGCCAGCGGGGCCCCGGGGAUCCCGUGGAAAAACAAGAUGCCACAGACACAGGAGACGGAGAGGAGGAAGAUGGGGACGAUGAGGACGCGGACAGCGGCAUCGUGCAGGGAGGCGGUGACAUUGGGGAUGGCGGCGUGGCCGGGAAACCGCCCAGGGGAAACAUCCGCAAGAAGAAGUCCAAGCGAGUGCUGUCCAACAAGGCGCAGGACUUUCAGGUGCGCGUGCGCAUCAUCGAGGGGAGACAGCUGGCCGGCAAUAACAUCAAGCCCGUGGUGAGGGUGUCUGUCGCCGGGCAGAACAAACGGACGCGCAUCAAGAAAGGGAACAACCCUUACUUCGAUGAGACCUUUUUCUUAAACUUUCACGAAUCCCCAAGAGAGCUGUUUGACGAAGUUAUUAGCAUUCGGGCAUUCAAUGCCACAACCAUCAGGGCGGACUCUGAAAUUGGAGGCUUCAAGAUUGACAUUGGCACAGUCUACGAUGAACAAAACCACGCGUUCCUGCGCAAGUGGCUGCUCCUGUCCGACCCCGAGGAUUUGGCGGCUGGGGCACGUGGCUACCUCAAAGUCAGCCUUUUUGUGCUGGCCACUGGGGACGAGGCCCCGGUGGAAAAGAAAGUGAAGACUGAGGAUGAGGAAGACAUUGAAAAUAAUCUCCUCCGGCCGGCCGGGGUGAACCUGCGAGGGGCCGUGUUCUCUCUGCGCGUCUACCGAGCUGAGGACGUGCCACAAAUGGACGAUGCCAUCCUGCAGGGAGUCAAGGAGGUCUUCGGCAUGGAGGGCAACAAGAAGAAUCUGGUUGACCCCUUCCUGGAGGUCACAUUCGCUGGAAAAAAGGAAUGCACGCGGAUCAUCCAGAAGAAUGCAAACCCAGAGUGGAAUGAGGUUUUGAAUCUGCCCGUCAGGUUUCCUUCCAUGUGUGAAAGAAUGAAGUUAACUCUACUUGACUGGGAUCGUUUGAGUCACAACGACACUAUCGGAACAGCUUUCCUCUCCAUGUCCAAGAUCUCUUUCGCGGGCGGCACUUUGGAAGUGGACGACACCACUGGGUUCUUGCCCACGUUCGGCCCGUGCUACAUCAACCUGUACGGCAGCCUCCGCGAGUUCAGCAGCUUCACCGACAAAUACGAAGACCUCAACCUCGGCAAGGGUGAGGGAAUGUCGUACCGAGGCCGCGUUCUCAUCGAGCUCAUCACCCAACUCGACGCCAAGGUCGACCUCAAAGUGGAGCCCAUCUCCAACGACGACCUGCUCCGGGUUGAGAAGUACAUGCGGCGCCGCAAGUUCAACCUGUACGCGGCGUUCUACACGGCCAGCAUGAUGCAGCCGGUGGACGACGCGGUGCAGUUUGAGGUCAGCAUCGGCAACUACGGCAACAAGUUCGACAGCACGUGCAUGCCGCUCGCCUCCACCACGCAGUACAGCCGCAGCGUCUUCGAUGGCUGCCAGUACUACUUCUUGCCGUGGGCGAACACCAAGCCCGUGGUGACGCUCACCUCCUACUGGGAGGACAUCAACCACCGACUGCAGGCGCUCAACAUCCUCCUCUACACCUACGAGCGCCUGGAUCUCAUGUACGGCAAACUGAAAAUGGCUCUGGAUGCCAAGCUGCCACAACAGCAGCUGGCAUCGGUGUGGCUCAGUCUCAUCGACCAGGUGCUGGAAGACUGCAGCAUCCCGAUGCCGCCGUUAGACGGCUGCGCCAACGUGACCCCCCUGGACGUGCAGAGGCGCAAGCUGCGCAUGCUGCACCUGAACCAGAUCGUGGAGGGGGCCCGGCGCCUGCGCAACGAGGCGACCGAGGUGGACAAGACGAUUCCCGAGAUCGAGGAUUGGCUCGACAUCCUCCGCACCGUGGCCGAGGAGCCUCAGAACAGCCUCCCGGACGUGGUGGUGUGGAUGGUGUGCGGGGAGAAACGUGUGGCCUACGCCCGCAUCCCCGCGCAUGAGGUUCUCUACUCCAGCAAGGGCAUGAGGAUGUGCGGGAAGUACUGCGGCAGGACCCGCACCAUCUUCCUCAAGUACCCCGAGGACAAGACGACAAACAACAAGAUACCCGUGCAGCUGCGUAUCCGCAUGUGGCUCGGCAUGGCAGCCGACGAGAAGAAACUGAACGAAUCCUCCGAGGGCAAACUCACCGUGUUCGCCGAGACGUACGAGAACCAGUGCAAGCUGUUUGGCAACUGGGGCACGAAAGGCCUGACGCGCCACAAGUGGACGGACGUCACCGGGAAAAUUAAACUGAAGAAAGAGACUUUCCUGCCUCCUAUCGGCUGGAAAUGGGAUGGCGACUGGUACAUCGAUCCAGAGCGCAGUUUGCUGAUGGAUGCGGAUGCUGGACACUCCAUUUUCGCCGAUGAAGUCUUUGAGAACGAGAAUCGGAUUCCUGGAAGAGAUUGGCAGCUUGCCUCUGACCCCUACACAGAUGUGAACGGAGACAAGACCCUGCCGAAGGCGGAGCUGGAGGUCCCAGCUGGGUGGAUCUUGAUGGAGGACUGGAGUGUGGAUCUGAAUCGAGCCGUGGAUGAAGACGGCUGGGAGUACGGGCUCGUCAUCCCUCCGGAGACUCGGUCCAAGCAGUGGGUGUCGGCGGAGAAGAUGUACCACAUGUACCGGCGUCGGCGCUGGUUGCGCAGACGUCGGCGUGACCCCAAGCAGAUGGACAUCGCCAGACAGAAAAUGGAGAAGCUGGUGACCGAGGGCUGGGAGUACGCGUCGCUCUUCGGCUGGAAGUUCCACCUGGAGCAGAAAAGCACGGACACUCAGCGGCGGCGGCGUUGGCGGAGGUGCAUGGCGCCGGCGGAGAGGCUGGGCCAAGCGGCGGUCUUCGCGCUGGAGGGCGCCCUGGGCGGCGGCGGUGGCGAGGAAGACGACCCCGACUCGUCGAAAGACGACAAAGACGAGAAGAGCGCCAAGAGCGUGCUGGGGGUGAACACGCCCACCAUCUCGUGCAUCUUCGACAAACCACACAAAUACCAUCUUCGCUGCUACAUCUACCAAGCCAGGGACCUGGUAGCGAUGGACAAAGAGAGCUUCUCCGAUCCGUACGCCGUCGUCUCGUUCCUGACACAGUCGCAGAAGACGGAGACGAUCAAGACGACGCUGAACCCCAUCUGGGACCAGACGCUCAUCUUCCACGACAUCGACAUCUACGGCGACCCGUCCUCCACCGUGCUCUACUCGCCCAGCGUGGUCGUGGAGGUCUUCGAUUUUGACACUUUUGGGAAGGACGAGUUCAUGGGGCGCGCCAAAUGCACGCCGCUGGUCAAGCUGUCGGCGUCCGAUGACCUGACGCCCAAGUUGGCGUGGUACCCCCUGCAGCAGGGCAGCAAGGACCGCGGGGAGCUGCUCGCCGCCUUCGAGCUCAUCAAGAAAGAGAAGGCCGACGGAUCGGACCUGCCCUUCCCUCCGCCGAAGCGGAACGCCACCGUGUUCAUGGUCCCACAGGGAAUCAAACCCGUGCUGCAGCGCACCAAAAUCGAGAUCCUUGCCUGGGGUCUGAGAAACCUGAAAAGCUACCAGCUGCUCGGUGUGACAUCGCCCAGUCUGGUGAUCGAGUGCGGCGGAGUCAGCGUGCAGUCGCCCGUCAUCAAGAACGUGAAGAAGAACCCAAACUUCAGCAGCCCUGUCCUCAACAUGGAAGUGCGUCUCCCCAAGGAGGAAAUCUACACCCCGCCCAUCAUCAUCAAGGUCAUCGACAACCGUCAGUUUGGCCGCAAGCCGGUGGUGGCGCAGCUCACCGUCAAGGAGCUGGAGGAUUUCCGCUGCGAUCCGGAUGCGGUGGACGGUCAGCUCCCGCCCACCGUGGGAGGGGCCGGCCGGGCUCGCGCGUCCAGCGACGUGAUGCUCAACAUCGCUUCAGAUGACAGCAAACCCUUGCUCACCUCCCAGUUCUUUGGAAAUUUGAGUUUCGCUCCAAGUCCUCUCUCCAGAGCAACGCCAGUCAGCCCUAUCGACGAGAAGGAGACCGUCGACUGGUGGAGCAAGUUCUACGCCUCCCUGGGCGAGGUGGAGAAGUGCGGCUCGUACCUGGAGGAGGGCAACGACACCCUGAAGAUUUACGACACGAUGCUGGAGGAAGUUCCCGAGUUCCAGUACUUGAACGAUUUCUGCCGAACGUUCAAGUUGUACCGCGGCAAAGCGGACGACGAUUCGGACGACCCGUCGGUCGUGGGAGAGUUCAAGGGCUCCUUCAAGAUCUACCCACUGCCAGAUGACCCGGCGCAGCCCAGCCCCCCGGCACAGUACCAGCAGUUGCCGGAUAUCGGGCUCCAGGAAUGCAUCGUGAGGGUCUACAUCGUGCAGGCUUUGGCGCUCCAGCCCAAGGACACCAACGGCCUGUGCGACCCCUACAUCAAGAUCAAUCUGGGCAGAACCACCAUCGAUGACCACGACAAGUACAUCCCCAACACGCUCAACCCCGUCUUCGGAAGGAUGUUCGAGUUGACCUGCACCCUGCCUCUGGAGAAGGACCUUAAGAUCAGCGUGUUCGACUACGACAUGGUGGGCCGCGAUGAGAAGAUCGGCGAGACGUUCAUUGACCUGGAGAACCGCUACCUGUCGCGCUUCGGGGCUCGCUGCGGCCUCUCCCAGUCCUACUGCGUCUCGGGCCAGAACCAGUGGAGAGACCAGAUGACUCCCAGCAUGAUUCUCGAAGGCGUGGCGAGGGCCAAGAGCUGGCCGCAGCCCAUCUACGAAGGCGACCGCCUAACCCUGAAAGGGCGCGACUAUUUGAUGUCUGACUUUGAGGCGAAGGCCCCGACGAAUCCUCACCUGGGUCCCGUGAAGGAGCGCCUGGCCCUGCACCUCCUGCGCAGCAUGGGCCUCAUCCCCGAGCAUGUGGAGACACGCACACUGGAGCACUCGAUCCAGCCGGGCCUCGAGCAGGGCAAGCUGAUGAUGUGGGUUGACGUCUUCCCCAAGAACAUGGGACCUCCAGGCCCUCCGUUCGACAUAACGCCACGCAAAGCCAAGAAGUACCAGCUUCGGUGCAUCAUCUGGAAUACCAAGGAUGUGAUUCUUGAUGAGACGAGCAUCACGGGAGAGAAGAUGAGUGACAUCUACGUGAAGGGGUGGAUAGACGGGCGUGACGAUGCCAAGCAGAAGACGGACGUGCACUACCGGUCCCUCGGUGGGGAAGGCAACUUUAACUGGCGCUACAUCUUCCCCUUCGAGUACGUGCCAGCUGAGAACAUCUGUGUGGUCUCCAGGAAGGAACACUUCUGGAGUUUGGACAAAACCGAGCUGCGCCUUCCUCCAAAGUUCACCAUCCAGAUCUGGGACAAUGACAAGUUUUCUCCAGAUGACUACCUGGGCUACCUGGACCUGAACCUGUCCCACAUGCCCGUGCCGGCUAAGUCGGCGGAGAAAUGCUCACUGGAGAUGGUGGAGACCCCGACCGGCAAGAAGAAGCACAAAACCACGUCGCUGUUUGAGCAGAAGAACGUCAAGGGCUGGUGGCCGUGCAUCGCCGAAGAGGACGGCAAGAAGAUCAUCGCCGGCAAGGUGGAGAUGACUCUGGAGAUCCUGGCUGACAAGGAAGCGGAGGAGAGACCCGCAGGCCUGGGCCGGGAGGAGCCCAACAUGAACCCAAAGCUGGACCCACCAAACCGCCCAGAGACAUCGUUUCUGUGGUUCACGUCGCCUCUCAAAACCUUCAAGUACAUCAUCUGGAGGCGCUACAAGUGGAUUUUUAUUGGGCUCCUCAUCCUUCUCUUCGUCGUCCUAUUUCUCGCCAUCCUCUUCUAUUCCCUGCCGAACUACACUGCGCAGAAAAUCGUGCUGGGAUAAACUGAUCUAGAGUUUCUUGUUGUCGUGAAUUUGAAAACGUUCUACAAGCAGGAGGAAUGUCCACUCCAGAGUAAAAGAUAUAUAUCUCUAUAGAGCUGUAUGCACUCAUUGUGGUCCUUCAUAAAAAUGGCUUGAAUGUCUUUUUUUUUUUUAAAACAAGCAAUUAUAAAGUUUGAGAUAUUCUCCCGCUUGGGGUUAGAAUGCACACACCAUACAAGCACUUCCACAUACCGUCGCGUAUUCUCCCAGUAGUGGUGCUGAAAGCAGUUGAAUCCGACACUGAUAUUAGUUGUGAAUCAGUGUCACGUGACCGUCACAAGUGCAAGUUGCUGGAAACAUAAAAGUGAUUAUCGUAAAAAAAAGUCACCCCCCCUCACCCUCGUGUCCAGUUUUACAUCUUAGAAGCAUUGCACUUUGUAACAAAAAAAAAACCUGCGAUUAUUUGGCGUCUCACGUGGGAUGGUGUGUGAUGUUUUCGAUGCUGAAGUACACACAGACAGCAUUUAGUAAUGAAUUUAAAAAUGUAUACAUUACAGAUUGCCAACGUUGGUUUCUUAUUUCAACACGUUCGCAUCAAAGGCAAUGUAUUAAAAUCAUCUAUAGCUGUGUGUUCAUGUUUGUGUGACGGAAAAACAAGAAAACGUACGUGAAUGUAAUUGCCAUCACAGCCGAACAAACUUCACUUUAAAAGGUGCAAUGCUUAGAGAGCCGGUUUUAAAAGUAGUACAUCUGACGGCGACUUGGCUUGUGUCGCUCGCUCAUCGCUUGAUAAAUUAUGAAAUGGAUUUUUUUUUAAUCGAAAGCAUAUACCUGAUCCGCCGUUGGAAAAAAAAAUAACGCCGUCAACUACAAGUCCGCAGUCAAAUCACCUUGAACUGUUAUUGUAUACCAUCGCGAACUUAUGUUGUGCAUUCACACCAUGUACACAUCGCAUCUCUUAAUUGGCAAAUGUAUUGGGAAGUUACCCGAGCACUUUUUAAGCACCAGUCCGUUGACGGAUGUCGCGCAUGCGGUUCAGCGUUUUGGACCGGAUUAAUAUUGUAGGCACUUCAAAUAUACCCCCCCUCCUCCGCCCCAAAAACAAAUUCCCCCCCCCCUAUAAACUGCACAACUCUACUUUUAAAAGUGUACUUCUUGAAAUGUUGGUGGCAUUUAUAAAGGAAACAAAAAAGACACCCUAACAUAUUUACAUGGUGUUAUCAGAAUUAUGUAGGUGGAUUACUGGCAGUUUCCAAUAUGUUUUUAUCUGAAAUAUUGGAGGAUGGCCAAAACAUGCGUUACACUUCUCUGCAGAUGAAAAUGUAAUCGUUGUGUGUGCGUGGUUUUUUUGUUUACGUGUCCAUUUAGUCAAGGUGCACACUGUGUUCGUGGUGUCGUUGAAAAGGUGUUUAUACGCGCGUGUCAUCUGAAUGUUACCCAACAACAACAGAGGGUAGGCCUCGCUCUCUAAAAACAACGUCGCCCUUAGCCUGACAACGAGGCCCGGGUGCGUCUGUGUGUGUGUUCAUAUAAAAAUUAGAGACGUUCCGACGACGAAGAUUCCAGCCAGAAAUGCCAUCUUCAUUCUGUGGCCCGUCUGGUUUUUUGGACCUUGGUUGUUAGAAAUACCUGUCCUGUUGCGCUCAUUCGGUGGUAAGAUGCAUGACCAAAAAAAAAUAUUUAACGAAAAAUAUUUUUAAAAUGACCAGGGUGUGUUUUUAAUGAAAUAAUAAAGCAUUGUUGUCAA